CCCCUCUAGGCAGCAUUGUUAGCACCACGCCAAGCUGACGGAACAACUCGCUUCCUCUUUCUCGAGAAAUUCGGCCGAAAUACCGGCAUUUUAACAUCGUUUCACUCGGAUUUCGGUUUAGCAGAAGCUUUGCUCUGCUAGGAAUAGACAAGCGGGUUUUAUAAAUUAACAUGUCCACAAUGAACCCGGAAUAUGAUUACCUGUUCAAGCUUCUGCUUAUUGGAGACUCUGGUGUUGGAAAAUCAUGCCUGUUGCUUCGGUUUGCGGACGAUACCUAUACAGAAAGCUACAUCAGCACAAUCGGCGUAGAUUUCAAAAUCAGAACCAUAGAACUGGACGGAAAGACGAUUAAACUACAAAUCUGGGAUACGGCCGGGCAGGAGCGCUUUAGGACGAUUACUUCAAGUUAUUAUCGUGGAGCCCAUGGAAUCAUUGUAGUAUAUGAUGUUACGGACCAAGAGUCAUUUAAUAAUGUAAAACAGUGGCUACAAGAAAUUGACCGUUAUGCCUGUGAAAAUGUCAAUAAGUUGCUUGUUGGAAACAAGUGUGACCUCACUACAAAGAAAGUGGUGGAUUUCACAACAGCUAAGGAAUAUGCUGAAUCUCUCGGCGUCCCUUUCCUGGAAACAAGUGCAAAGAAUGCAACCAAUGUUGAGCAAGCGUUUAUGACAAUGGCAGCUGAAAUCAAGAACCGGAUGGGCCCCUCCCCGGCCCCUCAAGGUGCCGGCAGCAACGUCAAAAUCAACUCCAGCACCCCCGUGAAACAAGGAGGGGGCGGAUGCUGUUAGUGGACAUUUAAUUAAACAGCGGCCCAUUGAUUGUGAAUAAGAUGACUUGCAGGCGCAAACGUGUCUUUGAAAGUGGACUAGAACGUGGAGCAAGCUGCAUCUCCAGGGACCUCCCAUUAUGCAAAAUCAGUGUUCUUUCUUAUAAUAUGCAAAAGUAAUUUUCUUGGGCCAAGGGGGAUUUCAUAAUGGGAGUUUUAUAGGAGAAUGUGAGUAUGUUCCAUCAUCCAAGACAGGGAAAAAAUCCGAUAAAUAGUGCGUGCAAUCACAUGUGUACUUACUCAACAAGCAGUAAGCAUGCCAUUUAAAACAAAGCUACUUUGUCAUUCACUUUUAAAAAAAGCCCGCAUCAGAUAAGUAGUUGAAGAAUUUCUAAAAUGAGGAAAAAUAAAUACAAGUGAAAGAGAAUAGAUUUACAGCAGUGAUCUUUGCUGGCCUUUAUUAAACCAAACCUUUGUGUGCA